AUGAUGACCGAAAAUAGAAUUAGCACCAGUAAUCACGUCGGAAACAUGAGCAGUCAGAAAGGAGAUGUCGAUAAAACUGUGGAAGAUAUAGGGUGGAAAGCAAAAUUAAAACUACCCCCCAAAGACAGACGAAUCAAAACCAGUGAUGUGACUGACACAAGAGGAAAUGAGUUUGAAGAGUUUUGUCUUAAAAGAGAAAUACUUAUGGGAAUUUUUGAAAAGGGAUGGGAGAAGCCAUCCCCUAUUCAAGAGGCUUCAAUUCCCAUUGCACUUAGUGGUAAGGAUGUUCUAGCAAGAGCCAAGAAUGGUACUGGCAAAACAGGCGCCUAUUGUAUUCCAGUCUUAGAACAAGUUGAUCCAAAAAAAGAUGCUAUUCAAGCUUUAAUAGUGGUACCUACCAGAGAGCUAGCUUUACAAACAUCACAAAUAUGUAUUGAGCUGGCAAAGCACACAGACAUACGUGUUAUGGUUACCACAGGUGGAACAAACCUGAGAGAUGAUAUAAUGCGUAUUUAUCAGAAUGUUCAGGUAAUAAUAGCCACACCGGGGCGUAUGAUUGAUCUCAUGGAUAAACAAGUAGCAAAGAUGGAGCAGUGUAGGAUGCUGGUACUGGAUGAGGCAGAUAAGCUUCUAUCUCAAGACUUCAAAGGGAUGCUGGAUACAGUUAUUUCACGACUUCCAAAAGAACGUCAAAUAUUGUUAUUCUCAGCCACAUUCCCACUGAGUGUAAAACAGUUCAUGGAAAAACAUUUAAGAGAACCAUAUGAGAUUAAUCUCAUGGAGGAGCUCACUUUGAAAGGGGUCACACAAUAUUAUGCAUUUGUACAAGAGAGGCAGAAAGUACAUUGUUUAAAUACACUUUUUUCAAAGUUGCAAAUAAACCAGUCUAUUAUAUUCUGCAAUUCCACUCAGCGCGUGGAGCUGUUAGCUAAAAAGAUCACAGAGCUGGGAUACUGUUGCUACUAUAUACACGCGCGCAUGGCGCAGGCGCACCGCAACCGCGUGUUCCACGACUUCCGCGCCGGCCUCUGCCGCAACCUGGUGUGCUCGGACCUGUUCACGCGCGGCAUCGACGUGCAGGCCGUCAACGUCGUCAUCAACUUCGACUUCCCGCGCAUGGCCGAGACGUACCUGCACCGCAUCGGCCGCUCGGGCCGCUUCGGCCACCUCGGCAUCGCUAUCAACCUCAUCACGUACGAGGACCGCUUCGCGCUGCACCGCAUCGAGCAGGAGCUCGGCACGGAGAUCAAACCCAUCCCCAAGGUCAUUGAUCCCGCGCUUUACGUGGCGCGCUCGGUCGAGGAUGACGCCGACAAG